UCAUGGGACAAGUCCGUCAUGUGAUAUUCGUUGCUCGAGAAAAAGUUCCGUGAUCGCGUUGUCCACCUUUUUAUUUUUUAUUUUGCCCAAACACUUUGCGUCGAUCCUUACAGCCUGCAAAAUGGUUUCCGAGUGGGUGGCACCGAUCGUUAUCACCAGCAUUUGGGCCUUCAUUGGCAUCAUCUGUCCUUUCUUUGCCCGAGGUCCCAACAGGGGGGUAACUCAAUGCUGCCUGAUGCUCACCGCAGCAACAUGCUGGCUGUUCUGGUUGUGCUGUUAUAUGACGCAGCUGAAUCCCCUGAUCGGACCCAAACUAAGCAUGAACGAAAUCAUGAUUAUGGCCCGCGAGUGGGGCAAUGAAAUUAAAAACACCAUGGAUGUCACCGUGUAAUCAUUAUCUAUACGUUUCACUUGUUUUGUUAUUGUUUCUUUACCCCGGAUGUUCUUACAUCCUGUAUUAUUAAUUUGAACUUUAAAGCAUAAAAUAUAUUGUAUUAGCGAUUUCGCUUUAGGCAAUCCUGUUAAAGAAAUGUAUAGCUAAAAACAUUUAUGUUUGUAAAUUUUGAACGCGCAAAAGUGAAAAGCUACCCUUGACUUUUGGGCCAAGCAUUCCCAUUUAUCCGAGUGUCUUAAAAUGAAGAUUGAAACUUAUAAUAAAGUAAAUUAAAGUAUUCAA